AAAAGGCUUUCAACAUCAAGAUUUAAUUUUGGUUUUCACUUUGAACCACAGAGGACAGGUCUGUUGCUGAAAGUUGUUAAUAUUUUUGACAUUGAAUGGCAACCAUGAACGCUACCAGUGGUCUCUGGAAAGGAACAACACUCAGCACGCCUGAAUAUGAUUAUUUAAAUUUAGUUGAACCAUGUGAAUACGGAGACCAUGCAAGCCAGUUCCUCCCAGUGCUCUACUCUCUGUUCUUUGUGGUGGGUUUCCCUGGCAACAUGCUGGUGUUGUGGGUGAUCCUGGGAGGUGCUCAGCUGAAAAGCAUGACUGAUGUGUCUCUACUGAACCUGGCCAUCGCUGACCUCCUACUAAUCUUCACUCUCCCCUUCCUGGCUCACUAUGCCAGAGAUACCUGGGUAUUCGGUAACGCCAUGUGCACUCUGGUUCUCGGUGUGUACUACAUUGGAUUUUAUGCUGGUAUUUUCUUUAUUGUGCUCAUGAGCAUCGACAGAUACUUGGCUAUUGUCCAUUCUGUGUUUGCCUUGAGAAUCCGAACGAAGGCUUUUGGGAUUUUAGCUAGCGUGGUAGUCUGGAUGUUAGCUGUUGCAGCAUCAUUUCCUGAGCUACUGGAUCUUGGAAUUGAAACUUAUGGGACUGAAGUUGUCUGUAGCGCUUAUCCAAAAAAUGGAAAUCACAAUGAUGUGAGAAGUGCAGCUUUCAUUAAAAUGAAUGUUUUGGGCAUGCUAUUUCCACUGAGUAUUGUAGGAUUUUGCUACAUGAUGGUGCUCAGAAAGCUUCAAACGCUGCGUAAUUUGAAGAAACUGGCCAUUCGUCUUGUUAUUGUGGUCAUGUUGGUCUUUUUCUGCUGCUGGAUACCGUACAACAUUGCAGCACUUCUCAAAGCACUGGAAAUAAAGCGCAUCCUGCCUCCAAAGUGUGAGCUCAGCAAAAGGAUCCAGCUCAUGCUACAAGUCACUGAAGCUGUGGCGUACUCACAUAGCUGCCUCAAUCCGUUCCUCUACGUGUUUGUGGGUGAAAAGUUCAGGAGGCUCCUCGCCAGGCUCCUCCUCCAGACACCAUCUGUCCAUGCACAGUGUCUAAAGAGCUACAUGACCCCGGUUGCAGGCUCAGUGGAACCACACACUGGAAAUGUCGACAAACUCUCAGUUGCUAUCUAAAUAAUUGAGAAACAUGUAAUGUGCAUAAAUUAUAUAUUUCUCAUUAAUUUUUAUUAUACUGUAUUACACCUCAUGUACCUUUGAGGAGUUGCAUGUAGGAGCCUGUAUCUGCACAUGUGAUAUAUCUAUUUCAUCUGCUUUUAGUUAACAAUUGCUGUUGUUUUUUUUUUGUUGUUGUUUUGUAGUGGAGGCUUCACCUUUAGUAAGCUUUCACUUAAAAAUGCAUAUAUGAUGUAUAUGUACUGCAUAUUAUCCUUCACUAGAAAAUGCAUAUAUAGAGUACCAUUAAAAAAAGUUUAUAGUACAUAACUGGACUGUAAUUAGGAUUAUCUGGAUUAUACUUGUCUUUAACUAAAGUUACUAAUCUGCUACAUACAGUAUCCAAGACGUUCAAGAUCAAAAUCCACUUUAAAAGUGGAAGUACUGUAUAUAUAACACAAAGCAUAGGUGCUGAUUCGAUUUCCAUUGUGAUUCUGUAAGUAUCAUGAUUUAAUCAAUUACAUAUCCCAAUACAAUAUUUUUUUGUAUUAAUUUUUUUAGAGUUAGGCAAAUUAUUUGCAAAAUUUGUUUAUAUCAAUUUGUGAAUAGUUUAGAGCACACCACCUGUAGGAUUUAAUAAACUGCAACAUUCUACCACCUCAAAUGCAAACAGAUAUGUGUAAAUAUGUGUAAAUGUUAUAGCUGAGUCUAGUAUAAAUUAAUUAUAUAUAAUUCGUCUAUUUAUUUGUAAUUUAGAGAAGAGCUUGUGAAUAUAUUGUUAGAAGGAUGCUGAGGUUGAAACUGCCACACAGGAGGUUUAGAGGAAGACCAAAGACGAGAUUUAUGGAUGCAGUGAGAGAGGACAUGAAGUUAGUUGGUGUGAGAGAAGAGGAUGCAGAGGAUGGGGUUAGAUGGAGGCAGAUGAUUCACUGACAGGGAACAGCUGAAAGACAAAGAAGAUGAUAUUUAAUUGUAAUACUUACAAAUAUGCAGUAAGAUACUUUGAUGCUGUUAGUCAUCUUUUUUUUUAUGUCUACUAUGCUACAUGACUAAACCUUAAAUGAGAGACAGGCUAGGUAAGCUAAUUAUUGUCUUAUUUUAAAGUUAUGAAUGGCUAUGUGAAGUGCUCUCACAUUCAUAUUGUCUGUACCUAUUCUUAUAAAGCAGGGCUCUACAUUAACGCUUGAAUUCACUUUUCUGGUCUAAAUAACAAAACCUUUUUAUAACACGAUUUUACUCAGACAUGAACACAACUGUUUUUAGUAUAAGAUUAAAGUUAUACUAUUGAGGGCUCCUCGAUUUUGGUAAAACUUAUAAUCACUUAUAAAUUGGUCAGUAUAAAGAUCACCAUUAUUUAGUAUUAUUAUCAAUUGACUUUGGAAACAUCCUGCAUUUAUUAAACUAAAUUAUGUUUAAUUAUGUUAUGUUUUUAACAGUUUUGAUUUGAAUGCUUAAAAAUAAGUCAACUAAAAUACCAAAAAAGCUUAGACAUAGAGAUACAGAGAGAGAGAGAGAGAGAGAGAGAGAGAGAGAGAGAAAGAGAGAUGCCACAGCAUUUUUUUUUUCAGACCAGCAAAAAAGGAAGUCAAAUAUAAUUGCUUUUUCAUUUAUUCCUUCUCUUUCUAAAACUUGUUUUAAAUGAGGCAUGUUUUAAAUAAAUUAACAUUCAAAAUGUUUAAUAAUUUAAUACAAUGUUCAAAUGAAAUAUUCAAAAUGGAAUUAGUAAAUUAAAGUUUUUGGGUACUGACUUUAUUCCUUUAGUUCACAACAACAAAAACAACAACUCUCUUGUGUUGACGCUCUUGUUUUUCCACUUCUGCAUUUUAAUAACAAAUGCAGGGUUCUGUGGAGAUCUGUACGUUUGCAAUUUGGCCAGUUAGUUGUCUAAUAUACUCAUAUGCAGAAACACAGAUGGCACUAA